UCGAACCGAUUGUAACUGUGACUGGCGAUUUGGUGGGACUGGCGCGACUUUUACGCAUCGCCGUUUUACUUACCAACGGUCUCCCGUUCUGACGUGACGGUUUGACUUUUCGGUGCACGGUACGGAAUCGACCAGCAGUGGCACCGUUGCCCUUUAUUCGUGCGCCCGCUCGUAAACAAUCGAUAUUUGUAAAUUUGGUCGCCAUGUCCGCGGAAGAGCUGAAGCUGAUAGACGAGAUGUCUGAUAACUGCGAGUACCAGGAAGCGCUGGACAUGAUCCAGAAGCUAACGGACCAGGACAGCUGUGAAGUGAAGUGGCGUCUGGCGAGGACUGUGUUUUUCCUAUCGAAACAGUCCACCGUGAAGGACGAGCAGGAGACGCUUUGCCGCCAAGCGUUCGACCAUGUGUCGGCCGCCCUGGAGACGGAUGGGGAUAACUUCGGUGCGAACAAGUGGUACGGUGCCAUACUGGCGGAGAAAGCAACCCUGGACGGUGUGACGGAGCGCAUCAAGCAGCUGGAAAAUGUGCAGAAACACUUCCAGCGUGCCGUUAGCUUGAACGGGACGGACGAUUCCGGCAUUUGGCAUAUGCUGGGACAGUUCAACUACAAACUGUCCGAGGUGAAUUGGAUCACGCGCAAGUUGAUAAAUUCGCUCGCGCCAAACCCACCGACCGCCUCGUACGAGGAUGCGCUGGAUUGUUUCACCAAGGCCGAAAACAUCAAGCCAAACUUUUACGCGUUGAAUUGGCUGUACCUUGGCAAGUGCCAUCUGGCGUUGAAGCAACCGGCCGAGGCGAAGGUGUGGCUUGAGCGUGGCGCUGCCGUCGAUGUGCGCUGCGAGGACGACCGGAUCUGCCGCGAAGAGGCCACCGAACUGUUGAAGAAACUGUAGGGGCGGGAGAACAAAAAAAAAGUGCGGUAAGGAAAUUUCCCGCUGCCUAGUGGCGUGUACGGUGGAGGCUCGCGUUACCACCAUCCGUUUCGCCGCACGUGCCACCCCCGCUAAACCCGUUGCAAAGGGGACGACUGUUGAGUACGACUUAGAAAUGAAUUUUAAUGCGACAAGGUAAUGUUAAGUGUUGCGUGUAACCGGAUAUUUGGGUUUUCCUUUUUAACUAUUUUGGAAAUCGAUCACGCGCUAAAGUUAUCGGCAAGAAGUGUAUAAAUGUAAUUGUUUAAAUUAAACCGUUUUACUUUGGGGGGAUAAAAUAAAUCAUAGCAUGUGAAACAAACUAUCAAUCGCAACGCAUUGUAUUCUAAAUGGAAAGCUUAAAGAAACUGACGUCAAGUUAACGUUCCGUGUUAAUAAUAGGGAUGGAUGCAAGUAAUCAAUUCGUGCCGUGAUGUAACUACGUGCAGGUUUUCAAUUAAUCUUCUCUAUUUUUUUUUGCUAAAUUGAAGUCUCUAUUGCUAGCGGGGUAAUAGCUCCGCCGUUUGGAUUUGCUACUUGGAGUCACAACAAUACAUCUUUGACCCGGUCUUAUCGGAGGGUUGCUUAUCGGUUGCAUGAGCGACAAAGAUGAUUUUAAAAUCAUGCA